AUGGCGGCCGCCAGUGGUAGGUUUGAAAGUGCUAGGACUAUCGAAGAGCGGAAAGAACAGAACCGGCUGGCCAGGGCCGAAGUAUUGCGCCAGGCUAAAGCUGAUUAUGAAAAGGAAGAAAGGCGUAAAGAACUUAAGCGACUACGGGGUGAGGAUACAUGGAUGCUGCCUGAUGUGAAUAAGCGAAUUGAACAGUUCUCACAGGAACACUCUGUGAAGAAAAAGAAGAAAAAAGACAAACAUUCCAAAAAGGUAAAGAAAGAGAAGAAGAAAAAGAGCAAGAAGCAGAAAUAUGAAAAAGAUGAGUCAGCUGAUAGUUCAUCAAGUUCUGAAGAUGAAUGGGUUGAAGCUGUCCCUUCCCAGCCUCCUAGCAAAGAAAAGGCCUGGAAAGUGAAAGAGGAAAAGUCAGACAGAGGAGACCACGAAGUUAUUCGGAGAGAUGAGUGGAUGACUGUGGACUUUAUGUCUGUUAAGACUGUAUCAUUAUCAUCACUGAAAGCUGAAAAAGAAACUGUAAGGAAAAUAGAGCAGGAAAAAGCCCACGCGGUUGAGCAGUCUAGAUUGCUGGAAAGAGAAUUGAAUCCAUACUGGAAGGAUGGUGGGACAGGUCUUCCACCAGAAGAUUGCAGCGUGUCAUCAGUUGCCAAAGUCUCUGUAGUGGAAGAUGGUGGAUUAAGUUGGCUAAGGAAGUCUUAUCAAAGAAUGAAGGAACAAGCUGAGAAACAAAAUAGAAAUUUUGAGGACAUUGUAGCUGAAAGAUACGGGUCAAUGGAAAUAUUUCAGUCCAAAUUAGAAGAAGCUGAAAAGACAGCAUCCAGAAAGGAAGAUUGGAGACAAGAACGAUGGAGAAAACCAACAUACUCUGAUAAAACACAAAGUAACCAAGAAAGUAGAAAAUCAGACUUAGUAAAUUAUAAUAAAAGCUCAGGAAGUAGAUAUGGUAUUACAGCUAGUCCAAACAAUAUUAGUAAAGAUAAGUUUAGUGGUGAUGAAAAAGGUAAUAGAUCUACAUCUUUAGAAAUAGGUAGAAGAGAAUCCAGUUCAAGGCACAAUCAACAGUUUUCUUCUCUUGGGAAUUUGAGACCUAAAUUCUUAAAACCCUCUGAUGAUGAAGAACUGUCAUUUCAUAGCAAGAGCAGGACUGUGGAACCAUCUCACACACCUGCAUCAUCAGUUACGCAGAGAUCUUUGCAUUCCGGUUUUCGAAAACCCACAGAGAACAGUGAAGAAUGUGUAUCAUCAUGGAGUCGAUCUGACAGGCAAGAAAGAGAGAAGAAACAUUCAAAUCAGAAGCCCUUAGAAACCAGUAGCAGUGCCAACUACGGAAAUAUUGUAGGGGAUGCAAGAGAAAAGUCACAGGACCAAAGCUCACUGGUUGACCAUCCAAAAAAAGAACAUCUGCAGGACACGGCAACUUCCUUAUCUGGAAGUGCCGAGGAUGAGCCCGUCCACAUCCUGAGUGUUGAUGAGAAGAACAGGCUGGGAGCCAAGAUUAUCAAGGCAGAGAUCAUGGGGAAUCUGGAAUUAGCUGAACAACUUAAAGCCCAGCUUGAAAAGGCAAAUAAAUUCCAAGAAAAUACAGCACAGAUGUCAGCCAAAAAAUCUGUAGUAGAGAAUGAAGAUCUGCAAGAAGUGAUCCUUAUGAGGACGGAUCAGUCUGGUCAAGUGUGGCCUGUCAACACGCCAGGAAAAACCCCAGAGCCAAAGGGAGGAAAGAGGAGGAGACAGAUGGCUUCAACCCAUGAAGAGAAAGAAAGGGUCCGAUAUUUUCAUGAUGAUGAUAAUCUCAGCCUGAAUGAUUUAGUCAAAAACGAGAAAAUGGGAACAGCGGGAGACCAAAACAAGCUUUUUAUGAGAAUGGCAUCUAAGUUUAUGGGAAAAACUGAUGGAGAUUAUUAUACUUUGGAUGACAUGUUUGUCUCUAAAGCAGCCGAGAAAGGCUGCCUUGGUGAAGAGGAAGAGACGCAGAGGAAGAAAGCUAUUGCUGAGCACCAGAGCCUUGCUGCGCAAAUGGAAAAAUGUCUAUACUGUUUUGACAGUUCUCAGUUUCCAAAGCACCUUAUUGUUGCAAUAGGUGUUAAGGUUUAUUUAUGUUUGCCCAACUCCCGCUCCCUUACGGAAGGCCACUGCCUAAUAGUCCCUUUGCAGCACCAUAAAGCAGCUACCUUAUUGGAUGAGGACAUCUGGGAGGAAAUUCAGAUGUUCAGAAAAUCAUUGGUAAAGAUGUUUGAAGAUAAAGGAUUGGACUGUAUAUUUUUAGAAACUAAUAUGAGCAUGAAGAAACAGUAUCAUAUGGUUUAUGAAUGCAUUCCUCUCCCAAAGGAAGUGGGUGAUAUGGCUCCCAUCUAUUUUAAGAAAGCCAUAAUGGAAUCUGAUGAAGAGUGGUCCAUGAACAAAAAAUUGAUUGAUCUGUCUUCAAAAGAUAUUAGGAAAUCUGUACCUAGAGGCUUACCUUAUUUCUCAGUGGAUUUUGGUCUCCAAGGAGGGUUUGCCCAUGUCAUUGAAGAUCAGCACAAAUUCCCUCAUUACUUUGGAAAGGAAAUCAUUGGUGGGAUGCUGGAUAUAGAACCACGACUUUGGAGGAAAGGACUCCGAGAAAGCUUUGAAGAUCAGAGGAAGAAAGCACUAGAGUUUGCCCAGUGGUGGAAGCCGUAUGACUUCACCAAAAGUAAAAACUGUUGA